AUGGGCCUGGGUCUGGUAGAGCUGUGCAGCGAUGGGCCUGGUCUGGUAGACCUGUGCAGCGAUUGGCCUGGUCUGGUAGACCUGUGCAGCGAUGGGCCUGGUCUGCCCCCUCAGCCCUCUCUACCCCCUCAACCCCCUCAGACCUCUCUACCCCCUCAGUCCUCUCUACCCCCUCAGCCCUCUCUACCCCUCAGCACCCUCAACCCUCUCUACCCCCUCAACCCCCUCAGCCCUCUCUACCCCCUCAACCCCCUCAGCCCUCUCUACCCCCUCAAACUCCUCAGCCCUCUCUUAUACCCCCUCAUCCCCCUCAGCCCUCUCUUAGACCCCCUCAGCCCUCUCUUAGACCCCCUCAGCCCUCUCUUAGACCCCCUCAGCCCUCUCUUAGACCCCCUCAUCCCCCUCUUAGACCCCCUCAGCCCUCUCUACCCUCUCAGCCCCCUCAGACCUCUCUACCCCUUCAGCCCCCUCAGCCCUCUCUACCCCUCAGCCCUUUCUACCCCCUCAGCCCCUUCAGCCCUCUCUACCCCCUUAGCCCCCCUCAGCCCUCUCUAG